CAUGCGCGAAGAGAGUUCAGCCAUUACGGAGCAAUAUGGCGCCCAUCGGUGAAGGGGAUGACAGGAUGGGCUCACUCGUUACAGAGGAUAUUAGCUCAGACGAAUCACAGAAUUUAUGGGCAAGUAUUCUAAGUGAAGUACAGUCUAGUUCAGCAUCCAAAUUAUCUAAUUCAAGGACAGUAUUAGUGUUAGGUGACAAUGAUUCUGGUAAAACAACUUUAAUAGCCAAAUUACAAGGAAUAGAAGAACCUAAAAAGGGAUCUGGAUUAGAAUAUUAUUAUAUAGAUGUCAAAGACGAAUAUAGAGAUGAACAAGCUCGGUUAAAUGUUUGGGUAAUGGAUGGAGAUCCAGAACAUACAGGAUUGUUAAGAUUUGCGUUAACCCCAGAAAGCUUUGCUGAUUCUUUAGUUCUGUUGGUGGCUUCAAUGAGCAAUCCAUGGUCUAUAAUGGAAUCAGUUAAAAGAUGGUCAGGAAUCUUACGAGAACAUAUCGACAGAUUAAAAAUUCCCCCAGAGACCAUGCAAGAGUAUGAGCAAAGUUUGAUUAGGUUCUUCCAAGAAUAUACAGAGCCAGAAGAGGGUCAGACGUCCAGUCAGGCACCACCUCGAGGAGAUGCUAACCCUCUUCAUCCAACAGCCCCAACCACGGAGGGUGAAGAAAAAGUUUUACUACCAUUAGGCGAAAAUACACUGUCACAGAAUUUAGGAAUUCCAGUAGUUGUAGUUUUAACAAAGAGUGAUGGAAUCUCAACGUUGGAAAAAGAACAUGACUAUAAAGAUGAACAUUUCGAUUUUAUUCAACAGUAUAUUAGAAAGUUUUGUUUAAAUUAUGGUGCUUCAUUAAUAUAUACUUCUGUUAAAGAAGAUAGAAAUUGUGAUUUAUUAUAUAAAUAUCUGACUCACAGAAUUUACGGCUUUCCUUUUAAUAAACCAGCUUACGUAGUAGAAAAAGAUGCUGUAUUUGUCCCGUGUGGUUGGGAUAAUGAAAAAAAGAUUAGUAUUUUAUAUGAAACUAUGAAUAGUAUAAAACCUGAAGAUUCUUAUGAUGAUAUUAUAAUGAAACCAAUGACCAGAAAGCCAGUCCAGAGAGAUGCAGAAAUAAUAGCAGAAGAUGAACAAGUUUUCUUAAUGCGACAACAGUCACAGCUUAGUAAACAACCGGCCCCGGGACCAGCAGCUGAGAGUACACCUAUUCGAACACAGAGACCACAGGCACAGAGAACACCAGAACGACCUGGGGGUACUCCUAAUACACCUCUUAGAGGAAAGUCACAAGAUGGUAAAGGUGCACCUCCUGGUACAAGUGAAGGGAUGUUAGCUAAUUUCUUUAACAGUUUACUCAGCAAGAAGACAGGAGCUGCUGGAGCCGGUAAAGACAAGGCAUCGGUGACCAGAGACGCAGCGGCAGAAUUAGAGCGUAUGACACGGGGCAAGAAAGCAACAACACCGGAAGUUAACUCCAACAAUGAUGCCAGUGCUUCAAGUUCCUGAUGAUUUCUAAAGGGUUUGUGGCUUCAAUUUUGAUUCUACGGAGGCUGUACAUUGUGUUGUGUUGUCUAUUUGCAAUUUGGUUUGCCUUGCAAUACUUGCUUAUUACCAUAUCACAUAUAACUGCUGCUUGCCCUUAAACAUAAUAGAAAUACAGAGAGGAGUCAAAAGCUCGGAGAAAGUUAGUUGAACAUUUAGAUUAUUUCUUCCAGUAUAAAACGUCAGUUUAACAUUCCCUGUCAUUAAAAAAAUAUUUAGUAUUUCUAAACCUUGCAUAAACAUCUGUUAUAACAAGCAAAUCAGAUUUAAAGAUAUAGUUUAAUUGACUCCUUAAAAUAGAUAAGACAAGUUGAAAAGAACAUCACAACACAUGCCUCUAAUAUCAAGAAUCAUGUUAUGAAAACUUUAGGAGAACUGUUCAUAAUUUAGUCAUUGCAUAGUAACUGACUUGUAAAUUGCAUUUGUUAAAUUAAUGGAAUUUCUUCAUUCUAUAUAUUAUAUAUGUGUAAAUAGCUAUCACUUCUCCUAUAUAAAAAGUUAUUAACAUUAUAUGGAGUGGGCAACCUAUUCCUCCCUAUUCAAAAUAGUCCUUUUAUAUUGAUAAUAGAUAUAGGAUAUGAUUGAAUGGAUGAAGGACUAGUCACAAACUGGCUCAAAGUUAGGUUUCUAUUGAUAAGUGAAGGAUGGUUUCAAAGAAAAUGUGAAUAACGAAUUUUAAUCUGCUGUUGAUUAUUCACAAUUUCUUUGGGUUUUUAGUAGAAUAAUUUAUUAAUUAACAGGCCAUAGAACAAUUCCAUAGAUAACAAAAGUUUCUUUGUUGCAUCUUCUGUUAACAGUUUUUACAUGCAUAUUUUGAUUAUUUUUUUAAGUGUCAAUUAGCUUCAAUGGUGGAAGAAUUUCUUCUUUUAAUUACCUCAAUGUUAAUUAUGAUUGUUAUUCAUAAAUACAUUGUCUCAAUUUCACUGUGAAGUAUUCAUGUAUUUUACCUCUUUAAAAAUCUUGAAAAAAAUAAUUUGCUGCAUUGUAUAUUUUCCAAAAGUUCCCAAUUGUUUCAACAUAUAGAACAGCUUAUUACUAGUAGAAUGAAGUGUAGAAAGAAUAUUAUUAUUCUCCAAUAACUAGUCUUUAAACAAUAUGCGAGUCAAUCUCACACUGACAGGAGCAUCCCUGUCCCGAUUUCAAAUAUUGUGUUUUGUAUUCCAUUAUUGAUUAUUCUCCCCUUGAUGCAAAAUGCAUAAAAAAAAAUGAUGUUCAGUUUGAUAUUAUUAUAUUAUGCAAGGGCGUUUGCUUUCCUCAAAAUUAAAUCUAGAACAUGUAUCUAUCAAAAAUUUCAAAUCCCCACUUGGAAGAUCUCAUAAAUUUGAUCAGUUUUUGCUAUUAGUACAUGUAUGUGCAAGAGGUGAGGGUAAAAUUGGACUUUCAAAAUAUGUUAAUUAAAAAUUAAA